AUGCUGCUCACUGAUUACACUCUUUUCGUCUCGCGACCAGUUUCGUUGUAUCCCAGUCAACAGUCGGUGACACAGAGAUGGUUGAAUGGGCAAAUCACUAACUUCCAGUAUCUCAUACAUCUGAACACCUUGGCAGGAAGGUCCUACAACGAUUUGUCGCAGUAUCCAAUAUUGCCAUGGGUACUGGCAGACUACACAUCGUCGAAUUUGGACUUCACAAAUCCGAAGACGUUCCGUGAUUUGUCAAAACCGAUGGGUGCGCAACAUCCACAGAGGCUCGAGCAAUUUUUGAAGAGGUAUCGAGAAUGGGACGAUCCUACUGGAGAAACGCCUCCGUACAUGUACGGUACUCAUUACUCUUCUGCCAUGAUUGUUGUUUCAUACCUAGUCCGGCUAGAACCGUUCACUCAACAAUUCCUCAGUCUUCAGGGUGGCCACUUUGAUCUCGCGGAUAGAAUGUUCCAUAGUAUCGGUGAUGCUUGGAUCAGCGCAAGCCGCAACAACAUGGCUGAUGUGAAAGAGCUGAUACCAGAAUUUUUUGUGUUACCAGAAUUGUUGCUGAACAAGAAUAAGUUUGAUUUUGGUGUCAAACAGAACGGAGUUGUGUUGGAUGAUGUGGUUCUUCCUCCUUGGGCCCAUGGCGAUGCAAGGGAAUUCGUUCGGCUUCACCGUCAAGCUUUGGAAUGCGAUUACGUGUCUUCCCACCUCCAUGAAUGGAUUGAUUUGGUUUUCGGGUAUAAACAGAAUGGCGAUGAAGCCGUUAA